UUCUUUCUUAAUUUUCCACUUCUUAUUGCAACAGGGUGUAUGCAUCAACCCAUUGUGUUAUAUAAUAGACUGCUGUGACCAGGACAUUAUUUUGGAUUCACAACAGUUAAGAGACGAUCUGAAAAGUAUGCUUCAUGGUCAACAUUUAGCAUGGGGGACAAUUGCUAAUCAUAUAAUUUCCCACUUUUCACAGCAGACACCCAGGAAAGCUUUAGUACUGUCAUUUCAUGGAGAGACUGGGACAGGUAAAAAUUAUGCAAGUGAAAUCAUAAUUAAAAAUGUGUUCCGUUAUGGAAUAAAAAGUGAUUUUGUGCAUGUUUAUCAUGCUGCAGUUCAUUUCCCACAUGAGUCCAUGUCUCACAUUUACAUUGAAAAGUUAAAGCAUGAAAUUAAAAAUGCUGUUUAUCUCUGUCCAAGGGCUGUUUUUAUUUUUGAUGAGUUUCAUUUAAUGCCACCAAAGGUUAUUGACAUUCUCCAAGUCUACUUAGAUUUCCAUGCUGAAGUGGAUGGCAUCGACUUCCGUAAAGCUGUAUUUAUAUUUAUAUCUAACCUUGCUUCAGAGAACAUAAGAAACUUCACUAUAAGCCAAUAUAAGAAAGGUAUUGAUCGACAUGAUAUCAAAUUGCGAGACUUAGAAUUCAGUAUUGCACAUGCUUCACUCACUCAAAAGGGUGGUUUUUAUGGUAGUGAUCUAAUUAAAAGUCAUCUUGUGACUGCCUAUAUUCCAUUUCUACCCUUACAGCGCACACAUGUAAAACAAUGCAUCAAUGAUGAAAUGAAACGACGUAAUCCUCACAAGAUCUACAAUGAAGAAUUUAUCAACAAAGUAUUAAUCGAAUUACAUUUUGUAAACAGUUUUUCAGAGACUGGCUGUAAACGUGUUUUUGAAAAAGUGGCUUUUGCUCUCAUUAAUGACGAUCUCUGACCUUGAUGGCUAUUGCUCUAGUCUCUAUUUUUACCACUGAAGACAUAGAAGAUUAUUUUACUGUUAUCCUCGGCUUGUGUUCCAAAGUAAGCAUCUCUCAACUGAAUUCACUUCAUUGGAAAAUCGAUUUCACCUUUGUUAUUUGUAUUAAAGUACUUUUUUUU